AUGUCUCAAAACCACUACCAACCGAGAUUCAGAGGACCUCCUCCUCACUGCGCUGGACAGUACGGUCCCCCCGGUGAAUACAAUGGUCUCAGAAAAGCUUUUGAGAACUGCAGGAGGGAAAACCUUCACCUACGAGAGAGCGAGUACCAACUGCGAAGUCGCCUAAACGGUCUUCUGGCAGAGAGGAGGAAUUUAUGCCAUAAGGAUGGGCUUGUAGCUCUUAGAGAAGAAAUGGAGUCCAAAUACAAGCAACUGGAGAAAAGAAAUGAAACGCUGGAACAAGAAAACAAAAUACUAGAAGGGAAGCAGCUAGACGCGGAUGAAUUGAAGGAAAAGCUGUCAGACGCAUACUUAAGAAUUGAAGCAGAAAAUGAGUACCAGCAAUUUCUAAGGGAGAAACAUUCGGAGGAAGUCCAAAAUUUGAAGGAGAAAUGUCAAGACCUGGAACAGAAGCAGGCAGUAAAGAAGAAAAAACUGGAGGACAGAAAUAAAGAAUUGGAGGAAGAGAAGGAAAAGGUAGAAGACAAAUAUACAGCACUUGAGCAGAAGCAUAAAGAAGUCCAGGACAGGAGCACAGAAAUGCUUCAGGAGAAGAUCCAACACCUUCAAAAAUAUGAAGAACUUGAGAGGAUUCACAAAGAACUGCAAAGCAGAAACAGUGAAAACCAGGAGGAUCAGAAAAAGCAGAAACAAGAGGAGCUUGAACAAAAGGGCAAAGAAGAGGAUGAAAAGUUUAACAAACUGCAGGAAGAUUUUGAGAAGAUUCAAGCAGACAAUGAAAACCUCAAAGAAAAUAACACACUAGAGAUGAAAAACAAUGAGUUGCAGGCGCAAGAACAGCAAAAGAAAAAAGGAUCCAGCUUUUUCAAGAGGAAGUCAAGCAAGAAAGAGGAAAAACCAAAACAAGACCAGGAAAGUGUAGAGAAAGAAGAAAAGGUGGAAAAGAUAAACGGCAAAGUAGAAGAGAAAGAGAAAGGAAAGAAGAAGAAGAAGAAGACAGGCUGCUGGAGCUGGUUUUUCAGGAGUAAGAAAGGUUCUGGUGAGAUGAGAGUGGAAGAGGCUCCUGAGUCUGGACAACUGUAGGAGGUUCUACAUUUCAUUACUAUUCACAUCCCCACCCGGAUCCUCCCUGCACCUCCCUCUACCCUCCGUCUACCCCCUUCUUCCCUCCUUCUCCCCCUUCACAUCUCCACCCCACCCGUAUCCUCCCUGCACCUCCCUCUACCCUUCGUCUACCCCCUUCUUCCCUCCUUUCCCCCUACCCCUGCAACCUCCAUUUGCCAUCUCCAUCGACAGGUCUUUCUACGUGAA